AAUCCACUUCCAAGAAGCAUCAAAGUUCAAAAUGGCGUUCGGGGUAGCGUAAAUUGGAGGAAAUCUGUGAAUAAUUUGUGGCGGAAAAAAGCUUGCAUACAGGGGAUUAAGUGGUGAAAAAGUGUGAAUAGAUUGUAAAUAGGUGUUGGACGAAGAGACUGCUGUGUAAAUUGUGUGUGCAGGUUGAGGGGGUUGAUGGAAAAAUGUUGUGGCUCGGCAAGAGAGGAAAAUCAAUUAUCAGAGAAACUUUGAUUGGAAAUAAUCAUUACUGCUAAGGUGAGAAAUAUCAUUGCUGCUGUGUGGGGAUCUGUGAGGUGGAGAGAUAAUGAAAAAAAACCGGCUAAAUAUCAUCAAAGUGCAGAAUUUGGGGCGAUGUGAGGUGGUAAAUUGUGCAGAAUAAAUGUGCCAAUGUUGCCCACAUAAUUAGUGCCCAAAAAAAAAGUUCUAUUUUGUGUAAAUAAUUCUGGAAAGAAAAGAAUGAUAGAGACCCUCCGGAGAGGCUUCCCCAUUUUGGAUAUUCAAUCGAAUCUUCGCGAUAAUUAAUUGAUGAGACAAUCCCAAAUCGUUGCAAUGUCGUCAAAUGGAGAUACAAAUCAUCAUUUGCCGGACUUUUUUCUGCGAUGGACUUCCGAGCUCCGGAUGGAUCAAUAUUGAAGAUAUCUAGUGGAUUUCCUGAACCUGACAUUGGUAAAGCUUUAGGAGUUGAAAUGUAUAAGGUAAAUAUCGAGGAUCUCAGUCAAUUUCUGUCAUAUCAUGAGGUGUUCGGGAAGUUACCCAAUGAGGCUGCACCAACAGCUUCGGGUAUCAAUAUCGCCACCACGGCUGGAACCCUCAACAUUGUUAGUAGUAGCAACAAUGCAAUGCAACCACCGCCACAUCCACCUGUGGCCAAUAUUCCUGGAGACUCAGGACCACCAUCUGUAAGUUCAGCACAACCGGCUAUUGUGACAUCAGUGCCGCCGGUGGAUACCAAAAUGGAGCCACCGAGUGUCCUGAAUUCAGAUCCCUCAUUGCCCAAUUCGGGGGAGAGUCCGGUCAUUGUUCCGCUGUCGCAUUCAUGUGACAUCUGCGGGAAGAUGUUCCCCUUCCGUUACCAGCUCAUUGUGCACAGACGCUAUCACAAUGAACGCAAGCCAUUUACGUGCCAGGUAUGCGGACAGGGAUUUUCCAACACGGCAGACCUGUCACGUCACGGAAAAUCCCACAUUGGUGGGCCAAUGUUUAUGUGCACGGUGUGUUUUCAUGUGUUUGCAAAUGAUAGUAGCCUUGAGCGUCAUAUGAAGCGCCAUGCGACAGAUAAGCCAUUUGCAUGUACAAUAUGUCAAAAGACAUUUGCUCGGAAGGAGCACUUGGAUAAUCAUAUAAGGAGUCACACAGGUGAAACACCAUUUCGUUGCCAAUACUGUGCGAAGAAUUUCACACGAAAGGAGCACAUGGUGAAUCAUGAGAGAAAGCAUACAGGUGAAACACCGCAUCGUUGUGAUAUAUGCAAAAAAUCAUUUACGCGCAAGGAGCACUAUGUGAAUCACUAUAUGUGGCAUACGGGUGAGACUCCGCAUCAGUGCCAAGUGUGCGGGAAGAAGUACACGAGAAAGGAACAUUUGGCCAAUCAUAUGAGAUCACAUACAAAUGAGACACCAUUCAGGUGUGAGAUAUGUGGUAAAUCGUUCACGAGAAAGGAACAUUUUACCAAUCACAUUAUGUGGCAUACUGGUGAGACACCUCAUCGUUGUGACUUCUGUUCCAAGACAUUUACGCGCAAGGAACAUCUUUUGAAUCAUGUGCGUCAGCAUACAGGUGAAUCACCACACAGGUGCACCUACUGCAUGAAAUCCUUCACGAGGAAGGAGCACCUUGUCAAUCACAUUAGACAACACACCGGAGAGACUCCAUUUAAGUGCACCUACUGUACGAAGGCAUUCACGAGAAAGGAUCAUCUGGUAAAUCACGUGAGACAACAUACGGGUGAAUCUCCACACAAGUGCACCUACUGUUCCAAGAGCUUCACAAGAAAGGAACAUUUGACAAAUCAUGUGCGUCAACAUACUGGAGAAUCACCCCAUCGUUGUACAUUUUGUAUGAAGUCUUUCACGAGAAAGGAGCAUUUGACUAAUCACAUUCGAAUACAUACGGGAGAUUCUCCGCAUCGAUGUGAAUUCUGCCAGAAGACUUUUACACGAAAGGAACAUCUUACGAAUCACUUGAGACAACAUUCCAGCGAGAAUCCUCAUUGUUGCAAUGUGUGCAAUAAACCAUUCACCAGGAAGGAACACUUGAUUAAUCAUAUAAGUCGAUCCCAUACUGGAGAACGGCCCUUUGCAUGCAAUGAAUGCGGAAAAUCGUUUCCACUAAAGGGAAAUUUGCUUUUUCAUCAGCGUAGUCACAACAAGGGUGCGGCUGCUGAGCGCCCUUUUCGCUGUGAUUUAUGCCCUAAGGAUUUUAUUUGCAAAGGUCAUUUGGUGUCACAUCGGAGAUCUCAUUCAGACGAAAAGCCAUAUGUCUGUAUUCACUGUGGAAAGUCAUUUGUGGAGAAGGGCAAUAUGCUGAGGCACAUUAAGAAGAAUCAUCCUCAGGCGGCACCAGUUGUUCUGGAGCCUCAAGUGAUCAUAUCUCAUCAAAAGGCCACCUUGCUGUCGCCACAGAUAGCUACAUCGAGGCCAAUUUGUAGCACAACGGAGACAGUAAGUGCCCUGCCUGUGACAUCGACGAUAACGUCCCAUAUCCUUCAGCAUACAAAUUCACAGACUGCAUUGAGAUUGUUGCAGAGCAGUGAACCGCCACCUCCACCACCACCGCCAAUUCCCGUCCAUUCGCCGGAGAAUUCGGUGGGGUUGCAGGUUAAUGUUCACAAUCACAAUGCCGUCAAUGCGCCGCCGCCGCCGCAUCAGCAGCUGAAGCCCUAGAACUACUAUGGCGAAUUCGGUGGAUGCGGUGGAUUAGUGACAGCAGUUGAAAUAGUGAGUAGAAGACACGUACUAAUGGUAUAACUAUUGAGGAUCACUAUGAUGUUGUUAUAUAUAGUAGAUUUAGGGUAUGAUGCGAUAAUCUUUUUUUCUUUCUAAUUAAUUAGUAAAAAUUCUUAGGAUAGGAAGCUUAAUGCGUUGCCUCGGAUUGAUUUUUAUAUCACAGAGGCAUAUCAGAUCUUUAGUUUCUCAAUAGGAUUCUCUUGUAUUUUUGUUAAAUUUCCCGAAUUUAUCUAAAAAUUAUAAAAAAAAAAAUAAAUAAAUUUCGGUAAACUACAUUUUUCCAUGCUGCAAGGGCUCAACUCUAACCACAAGUUUGCUUCAAGUUGGACAGUUUAAAAAUUUACCGCACUCUUUUAUUGCAAAGACAAAGAGAGGUUCAUAACUUUGUAAUAUCAAAGGGCUUUAUGUUGUCUUGAAAUCUGAAAUUCUUGACAGUUUUCCACAAAGGUGGCUUAUCCAUCUGACCAGGAGCUGGAAGGUGCUUUUGUGUCAGCAUUUCAUGCAAGAAACGACGUGUAGCUUGCACCAAAUGCAGAUGCAAAACGAAUGCCAGAGACUACAACAGUCAAUAUAACCGACGAAUUGUUGACAAUUUGUUAACAGAAUUGUUAAGUUUCUUGGUGAUCAUUUAGUGCAACUAAAAACCAAUAAAUCCACUCCCGCUGGUGUAAUUCUGAUAACACCUAUUGCCAUAUUGCUAGACAGCAUUUCCCCUUCAGAAAAUUAUAAAAACUUUCAGGAAUGUUGCAGUUUAAUGAUACAAAAUUUUUG